GGUGACAGUAGAGAAUUUCGCGCGUACGCACAUUAUCGAGCAAGUAUAUUCGCGGACACUCUUGGCGUUGUUUCCUUGUGGUUGGGUUACCUGACGUCCGUUAUUUAUUACCCAUACAUAAAUAUAAUGAGUACUCAGUCCGCAAAUCCUUGUGAACUAACUUCGCAUCCAAAAACUCCGACUUUGAAAUCAAAAAUACUGGUUGUUGGAGCCGGAGGGAUAGGAUGUGAAAUAUUGAAAAAUUUGUGUGUUUCAGGCUUUCAAGACAUUGAAGUUAUUGAUUUAGACACAAUUGAUGUCAGCAAUUUAAACCGUCAGUUUCUGUUUCGAAAAGAACAUGUUGGGAAAUCCAAAGCAGUUGUUGCUAGAGAAAGCAUAAUAUCUUUUAAUUCAAACGUUAAUAUUAAAGCAUAUCACGACAGUAUUUUUAACCAAGAAUACGGUGUAAAUUUCUUUAAAAGGUUUGAUUUAGUUUUGAAUGCACUAGACAACAGAGCUGCACGCAAUCACGUUAAUCGUAUGUGCUUAGCUGCUGACAUUCCUUUAGUUGAGUCAGGAACUGCUGGAUAUUCCGGCCAAGUGGAACUCAUCAAAAAGGGGGUAACACAAUGCUACGAAUGUCAGCCAAAACCACAACAACGGAGUUAUCCUGGUUGUACAAUUCGAAACACUCCAUCUGAACCAGUCCAUUGCAUUGUUUGGGCUAAACAUCUGUUUAACCAACUGUUUGGUGAAGAAGAUCCUGACCAAGAUGUUUCACCAGAUACCGAAGAUCCAGAAGUAAAAAAAGAUGGUGCUUUUUCUGAAACUGAGUCUGGAGAUGUGAAGAGAAAAUCAACACGUCAAUGGGCACAAGAGGUGGAUUACGAUCCUGAAAAGCUCUUCAACAAGUUUUUUAGAGACGAUAUUAAUUAUCUACUAUCCAUGGAAAAUCUUUGGAAAACACGUACGCCGCCAGUUCCACUUUCUUGGGAGAAAGCACUUAACCGUGAACCCAAGAUCUCUCAAGUUGAUAGUUCAAAAUCACUUGAUAUGCAAGUUUUGUCAAUAAGCAAAUACACUCAAAUGUUUGCGUCUACAGUGAACAUUUUAAAGAAGGAAGUCGCUGAUAAGAAGUACCUUAUGUGGGAUAAGGAUGAUACGCCUGCUAUGGACUUUGUAACGGCUUGUGCCAAUAUACGUGCAUUUAUAUUCUCCAUUUCACAGAAGUCAAAAUUUGCCAUUAAAUCUAUUGCAGGAAAUAUAAUUCCAGCCAUUGCUACUGCAAAUGCUUUAAUCGCCGGGGUUGCUGUCUUGUACGCUUUCAGGGUAUUGCGAAAUGAAUUUGAAAAUUGUCCUACAAUAUAUUUACGCCAAAAAUCAGUUUAUUCAAAAGUUUUGUUAGCGUCAGAUAAUGGCUUACAAAAACCUAAUCCCAAUUGUUACGUAUGCUCCUCAAAACCAAUCGUCAACGUCUUUGUGAACGUCAAUAAGAUGUUAGUGAAUGAAUUUGAAACAGAAAUUUUGAAGAACACACUUAAUAUGGUAGCUCCAGACGCUAUUUUAGAUGGAAAAGGGGUUGUAGUUAUUUCAUCAGAAGAAGGAGAAACGGAGAUCAACAGCAAUAAAAAGCUUUGUGAAGUUGGAAUCGUGGACGGAAGUAUUCUGAAAGUGGAUGAUUUUCUACAAAAUUAUGAGUUGACUAUAAAUAUUAGUCACUAUGAAGCGAAAGAAAAGGACGAUCCAGCGUUUAAAUUCGUUGCAAAUCCUGAUGAUUUGAAAGCAAAACAGAGCGAUGGGAUAAAGAAUGGAGUUACCGCUACCAAAAACAAUUCACCAAAUCAACAAGUGCACAAAGAUAAUGAUGAUUUGGUUAUAUGUACAACAGAUGAUGAUUUUGGAGCUUCAUCAAGUAAGAAGCGUAAGCUAAAUCCUAUUGAAGAGGAUGAUGACCUUAUUAUGUUAGAUGAACAACUUGAGUAGUUUCAAGAAGUUAUGUUAUCGAUGUUUUUGUGUUUUUUUUUUUCAUAUCUGGAAAUAAAUAUUAAAAAGCUAAAAUUA